GUGGCUUUCUUCUGACCAGUCAGCCCUAGGAGGCCAAACCUCCGAAUGUCAUAUACAUAGGUGAAUGGCUGCGCUUCCCUUCAAAGCCAGCACAGUACUUUCACUGCAGAAACAGACCUGGGAGGCUGGCUCAAGAGGAAAGCUGCAAGAAUGCUGGAGUCCGGCGCCCUGGAGCCCCGGAGAGGGCGGUGGCUGUCCCGGGCCCCAGGCUGGCGGGCCUCGGCCUCUCUCCGCGCGCGCCCGCGCCCGCGCGCGCUCCCGGCGUCCAGCGCCCGCCGCAGGCCGGACCUGGCUGGACUCCCCAGGCUGCGGCGGCGCCCCCUGCAGGCGGCGGCGGGCAGAGCGGGCGGAAGGAACCGAGCCGGCUGCCACCGUGUCCGAGCCGCCGCCGCCGCCGCCGCCAGCCGAGCUCCGCGGGGCCCGAGUCCGUACCGAGCGCCCUUCUCCCCGCGUCCCCGCGCCCGCCCGAGCCGCCGCGCCUCCCGCACAGCUGCGGCGGCCAGGCCCGGCCCUGCCUCGGCCCUCUGCUCGUCCUCCCCGCCCCGCACCGGCCUUCACUCUGGAGCGGCCCCGGCAGCCGCAGCAGGGGCGGCGGCGGCGGAUCGAGGAGCUCUCCAGGUCGUCCCGGGAGAAGCUGCUGCAGUCCCGGGACAAGAUGUUCUCCAAGUUCACCUCCAUCCUGCAGCACGCCGUGGAGGCGCUUGCGCCUUCUCUUCCCUUACAAGAAGAUUUUGUGUACCACUGGAAGGCAAUUACCCACUACUACAUAGAGACUUCUGAUGAUAAAGCCCCAGUGACCGAUACAAACAUACCAUCGCAUCUAGAACAGAUGUUAGAUAUACUGGUUCAAGAAGAAAAUGAAAGAGAAUCUGGAGAGACAGGUCCAUGUAUGGAAUAUCUGCUCCAUCACAAGAUCUUGGAAACACUAUAUACUUUAGGAAAAGCUGAUUGCCCUCCAGGAAUGAAACAGCAGGUCCUGGUAUUCUACACUAAACUCCUGGGAAGAAUCCGGCAGCCCCUGCUUCCACACAUAAAUGUGCACAGGCCAGUGCAGAAACUAAUUCGACUCUGUGGUGAAGUCCUUGCAACACCAACAGAAAAUGAAGAGAUUCAGUUUCUCUGUAUUGUGUGUGCAAAGCUGAAACAGGAUCCCUACCUGGUUAAUUUUUUUCUGGAGAACAAGUUGAAAUCAUUGGCCUCCAAAGGAACACCAAGUAUAAUUUCAGAAGAUACAUUGAAAGGUCAGGAUCCCUCAUCAACUGAUGUAGGAGCAUCCGGCCAGCCAGAGGCACUGGGUGGUGCUUCUGCAGUGGAGCACACAGAGGACGAGCCCUCGCAUCACAUGGAUGACCUGUCCACAAGCUUGGAUGACCUUACUGUCACUUCACUGCCAGAGGCUUCUGUCAUUCGCCCAAAUCAGGAUUACAAUUUAGUGAAUUCUUUGUUGAAUCUUACCAGAAGUCCAGAUGGCCGAAUAGCUGUGAAAGCAUGUGAGGGCUUGAUGCUGUUAGUAAGUUUACCAGAGCCUGCAGCUGCGAAGUGCCUUACUCAGAGCACUUGCUUGUGUGAACUGCUGACAGACAGACUUGCCUCCCUGUACAAGGCCCUACCUCCGUCAGUGGAUCCGUUAGAUAUUGAAACAGUGGAAGCAAUUAACUGGGGGUUGGACUCAUAUAGUCAUAAAGAAGAUGCUUCAGCAUUCCCAGGAAAACGAGCCUUAAUUUCGUUUCUUUCCUGGUUUGAUUACUGUGAUCAACUCAUUAAAGAAGCGCAAAAGACUGCUGCAGUUGCUCUUGCCAAAGCUGUCCAUGAGAGAUUUUUCAUUGGCGUUAUGGAACCUCAGUUAAUGCAAACUUCUGAGAUGGGCAUCCUGACGUCAACUGCUCUGCUUCAUCGCAUUGUUCGGCAAGUAACCUCCGAUGUUUUGCUUCAAGAAAUGGUGGUUUUUAUCCUUGGAGAACAGAGGGAACCAGAAACUCUGGCCGAACUUAGCAGACAUCCUUUAAGACAUAGGUUAAUUGAACACUGUGACCACAUAUCUGAUGAGAUAAGCAUAAUGACUCUGAGAAUGUUUGAACAUCUUCUACAGAAACCCAACGAGCACAUUCUUUACAACUUGGUCCUAAGAAAUCUUGAAGAAAGAAAUUAUACAGAAUAUAAACCUUUGUGCCCAGAAGAUAAAGACGUAGUAGAGAAUGGAUUAAUAGCAGGAGCAGUAGAUCUGGAAGAAGAUCCAUUAUUUACUGACAUUUCACCAGAUAACACUUUGUCAAACCAAGAGUGGCUUAGUUCUUCACCUCCUACUAGUCCAGACCACCCCAAAAAUGAUGGGAAAACCGAAGUCCAUAAAAUUGUAAAUAGUUUUCUUUGUCUGGUACCAGAUGAAGCAAAAUCAUCCUACCAUGUUGAGGGCACUGGAUAUGACACCUACCUCCGAGAUGCUCACAGGCAGUUCCGGGACUACUGUGCUAUCUGCUUAAAAUGGGAGUGGCCUGGGUCUCCGAAAGCCUUGGAAAAGUGUCAUUUAGAAGCAGCUUUCUUUGAAGGCCACUUUUUGAAAGUUUUAUUUGACAGAAUGGGAAGAAUUCUUGAUCAGCCAUACGAUGUGAAUUUACAGGUGACCUCGGUAUUGUCCAGACUUUCCCUCUUCCCUCAUCCACACACACAUGAGUACCUUUUGGAUCCCUAUGUGAACCUUGCCUCUGGCUGUAGGUCUCUCUUCUCCGUCAUUGUCAGGGUUGUUGGAGACCUUAUGGUUCGAAUUCAGCGUAUUCAAGACUUCACUCCCAAGCUUCUACUAGUCAGAAAACGAUUGCUUGGUUUGGAACCUGAGGGCCCUGUUAUUGACCACAUCACGUUGCUAGAGGGUGUGAUCGUGUUGGAAGAAUUCUGUAAGGAGCUGGCAGCAAUUGCAUUUGUGAAAUACCACGCCUCCUCCACACCAUGAAUGACAUUGUUCAAGUCUCUAGAGGAACUGUACUUACAUCAGGAAAAACUCGGUUCCACCAAGCCAAAACAGGAUAAAAAGACGGCUUUUUUAAAUGAAGUAUUGCUGUAAACUGGACAGAACCAUUAAGAAAUGAUGGUGUGGGCUCUGGGUAAACAGUGGGACAGUGUUUCCAUUGACUUUAUCAUGAUGGUUCUCUACAUAAAAUUGCACAUUGCUGAGUCUCAGAUACAAUCAAAGGAACUUCAGAAGAUAAGCAUUUCUAAGGACUGUGUGAAAAGCUGCAAAAUUUCUGAUGUCAUGACUUUGAUGAUAUUUCUGUUAUUUUAAUAUCCUUUUAGGUAGCAAAGCAUUUUGACAUUCUCUGGGACGCAAAUGCUUCUAUUCUUUUGGAUUAAUAAGUAGCAAAAAAAGUCACUAAUUUUAUAACUUUUUAAAGUUAAGAUUCUUUACAAACAAAAUAUUUAAAAACUGUAAAUGAGAAGAAUUAUAGUUCAGGAACCAUCAAAUGAAUAAUUAUAGGAGAUAAACUGUAGAGCAGCGUAAUUUUCCUCAGCUUUUCUAAGAAUAACAAUUUAAUAUGAUAAAGAAAUUCUUGAUUAAUAUAUAUUUUUAAAGAAAUGUUCUUUUAUCUUUUGUGCACAUAGCCAUGUUGGUAAUUGAUUUUCAUGUAUGGGUCCCGUUUAUUUAAACUCUGUCAUUUUUGCAGCAUCAUUGAACUUAUGCUCCUUGUUGGGAAUGUUUGCUAGAAUAGUAUUUUUUAAGCUAAUUAACAUGUUGUGGGUUGAGAACUGUCUCCCCUCUCCCUCUCUGGAAACUGCUUUAUGAAAUUGCUUUACAAUUGAUUUUCUUAUUGAAGUGCAUGGUAGAGUCUAGGUGGGCGACUGACUGAUAAUUCUUAGGCAGCAAUCAUAAUUGCAAUGGCCUCUUAAUGUUUACAUUUUUUUUUCAUUUUGUUCAGUCUUUUGUCUUAAAUGAUUCUAAAGAGAUUAAAGAAAACAGUCUUUUAAAUGUUCUGUUUACAUAUUAAGGGCCUGGGGGAGUUGGGUGUGUGUGUGAUAGGAAGAUAGGCAGGAAUGUCUGGUUAGCCCGGCUGUGCUGUGCACAGCCUGCUGUCUGUGACUUACAACUCAGUGUUUGCAAGUGUCUUUCUCUUCUUUCUUAUCACUCAAAUACUGCUUAUAAGCUAAUUUUUGUUGUAAUGUUAAGCAGCAGCACUUUCUGCUUUACCUUUCCAUUUACUGAUGUCUUGGGAGAGAUGCUCACAUACUCCAGCUUGAGCAGAGCUGUCUCUGCCCUUCUAAGAAGCCAUCAUGGGGCAUGUUGGUAUAUACACACCAUGUGCUUUGUGCAUAAAUGCAUGUUUUACACUUACCUGCUCCUUUUGUUGUAUUAGUGUUUCUGGUUUAUUUUAUAGUUAGUUUUUGCUACUUAUUGGGAAGAAAAUAUUAAAAACUUACAAAUAGUGUCAGCUCCAGGAUGCUCACCAUUGGUAAAACAACAAAAUGACUUAAUUUCUAAUUUAAUGAAAAUCUUCCCUAAUUCACUCUUAAGAAAUUCAUGAAGCCAAGCCAUAAAACAACAAAAUUGGUGAAGCAGUUACUUCAUGCAUGAUUUUGAACCAUGGGAAAACAUUUUACUGAAUUUAUUGAUCGUUUUAUUCAAGGAACACUGCUACAUCUCCAUUUUAGAUGUAGUAACAAUCUACUUUGAUAUAUGUGUAUUUAAAGUAAGACAUUAAGAGAUAUUAGAUAUUUCUUAAUGUUUUCAUAGUACUUAGUCGGUAUAAUAGCAGUGAUGUUACCUCACAAACCAAAUACUAUUAUAUCCUUGAUUCCACAACAGGGCUUUAUAGCUAAUCCAUGAAACCAAGCUCAGAAAAGCUUUAACUCUUCUAUUUGUAUGUGCAUAUGCUGCUUCUGAAAAUACCAUUUUCCUAAGUUAUUGCAAUGACUUUGUUUUGUAAUCAGCUAAGGCUUAAGGUUUAAUUUGUUUCUCUUGUAAAUUUCUUUCUUUUUUGUGUAUUUAGUUCAGACCUAGAGCCAGCACAAGUUCUCGCAGCAAGUUGGAUUUGUUAAUGACAGAGUACUGCAUCACUAGUCUUUCCUACUGUCUCUUGGAAGCUGAAUAUGUCCAUUACCUGGUACCUGCAAGAACAGUGACUGAAGUGCACUGUGUUGGUGAAAAGUGCCACCGUAACAAUCAAUUGCCAUAGCAAGUUCGACUUUGAAUUUUAGCCUUGCUUCAUUGUAUGUAAAUAUGUAUGCACAUGGUUUUAAACUUUCUCACAGUACAGUCUUUGGAUUUAUUUUUAGUAAUUAGCCACUUCCUUUACUUGAUAGAACCAGAUUUGUCUUAGCCAAUUAUCAUUGUAGAGCUCACAACAUAACUGUGUAAUGUUCUCAUAAUGUAUCUGUGCAAUAUGGAAGCUGUGAGUGGAUUCAUAGCUUUUUAGUUUAAUUGUACAUUAUCAUGUGUAUAUAUAUAUGUGUGUAUAUAGAUAUAAGGACCAAAAUCCUUAGCUUGCUUACACUGUUGCUAGUGUAAAGAUUGUUACACUUAAUUUUAUGGGGCACAAAUUAUGGAAUUACAUCAUAAACUCAUGGCAUUGUUUCCAGAAAUUAUUGCAUUACUGUACAAUUACCAUUUAAUUAUGAAGUUCAUAGACAUCGACAGAAGUAACAGUGAAGCACUAAACCCACAAAUUAUGGUAAUUAUGUUUUGAGUUUACAAUAAAUUGAAAUAUGCAUGUCAUUGUGACAUUCGCUAUGUGAAAACAUAAUAGAUACUCAUAGUUCUGGGCCCUGUAAAUAGUGUUACUGUAAGACGCUGUUGGCCUCCUGCCUUGUUUACAUUAAACAGGAUAUUUGGUAAAUUUUUCUAUGAACAUUGUGAUGGUUACUGACAGUGUUACCAAGGUCUGGGAUCCUUGGGUCAUCUACUGAGAAGCUCUUCAGAUGGUAAUUGUGUACCUACCCCCUCUUCAAAGGAGGUUGUGAUCAAAUUCAACUUUUUGUGCUAACCACGCAUGCAGGAGUAAGAGGGAUAAUCCAAAAAAGUAAAUAAAUAAACAAAGGAUGUAAUUUAAACAAAAUAAUGUCUUACAUUUUUGUAGAAUUUGAAUUGGAAAUAUUUUAUCAACUGAUAAGUCUAUAACCCUGAUUAUGAUUGGCAUGGCAAUCAGCUGAUCCCUGGGAGAGAAUCAAAAAGAGUCAACAGUAUUUGUGGCGGAGGACUGUAAAGUAUGACAAGUUUCCCUGGGCAAAUCUCAUGUGUACCUCCAAGUGCAAUGUUUAUGCAAAUCUUAGAAAUUCACUCCAAGCACUAUUUCUUAAUGGUUUUCCAACACAUUUAAAACCCUUUCUUUUUAGCUGACAUUUAAAACAAUUAGACUUAUUCCAUUCACUUGAGUAUUUCUCAAGUUCCUUUGAAAUUGGAAAUUGAAAAAAAAUGUAAUAUAUAGCACAACCAUAAAAAGAAAAAUCUCAUUAUUAAUCUCAACUACCCAAACAAAGAGUCUUCCCAGUCAAUGUUAUUCAAAAUAGCUGUGGAAGGAAAUGAAGAGGACAAUAGACUGAAAGGGUGGAAGAGGCAAGGUUUUGGUGAUAGGAGUUGAAAUUACCCUCUUUGCCCUGAGCUGCUCCCAGAAAAAACUGCAUUUAAGGAGUGUGUAAAAUUUUAUAUCCUCAGUCCAAAAUCUGGCUCAAACCACUCUGAAGUCUUUUGCAGUAUCUUAUUUGGAAAACUAAUAAUUCCAGUGGAAUUUAAAGAAUUACAGUAAUUGUUCUGCUGGA